GAAUGUGAGCGAUUCUUUCCUCCCUUUACAAAUAACUCAAAACUCUCAGAGAACUUACGUUGCAAGAUAUGUCUACAGAUAAAAGACUAGAGCGUGUCAAGGAAAAAGUUGCAGCAAUUCCGGAUUUCCCUAAAAAGGGCAUUUUAUUCAGAGACUUAUUCCCAGUGUUGACUUUCCCUGAUGUUUUUAAAGGAUUAAUCUCUCUGAUGUCAGAGUAUGUUAAAGAUGCUCACCCUGACUGUGAAGGCAUUAUUGGUUUGGAGUCCAGGGGAUUCCUUUAUGGUCCAAUGAUAGCACAGGAAUUGAAUGUGUCAUUUGUGCCAGUGCGUAAGAAGGGUAAACUGCCAGGUGAACUUGUACAGGUGACUUAUCAGCUGGAAUAUGGAACUGACACAUUUGAGAUGCAGAAAAACAGCCUUAAACCAGGCCAGAAGGUGGUGAUAGUGGAUGAUCUUUUGGCAACUGGAGGGACUAUGGCUGCUGCAGUGGAACUAGUUCAGCAGGUUGGGGGAAUUGCCCAGUGUGGUUUGGUAGUCAUUGAGCUUGUGGACCUCAAAGGAAGGGAGAAAAUUCAAGGAACUGUGAAAUCAUUUUUGCAGUACUCUGGAGAUUAAGGAACCAUAAAGAUGCACAGUUUCUGUAGUAGAAGAUUUACCCAUGAAAAACAUUAUGCUUUACUUAUUUUUCUUGUAUUUUUUACUCCAACAAAUCAACCAUUGAUCCUCUUAUCCUGACACUUCCCUUAGCAAAAUGAAAAGUUUGCAGCAUUAUUGCAGUUAGCAGCAUAUUUGCUGUCAAUUUAAAGUAGGCUUGAUAUUUUGCAAAGAGGAUUGCCAUAUCUCUGUAAUAUUCUGGAAAAAAUUAAAAAGAGAAACAUGAUAAUUGGUGGUAGGUAGUAUUUGAUUAAAAACAGGCUCUGACAAGAUCCAUGUAUUAUAAGUUAUUUUUGGUUCCAUUAUUACAUCAUCUACAUUGAAAAUAUGUCAUUUGAAGGAAAUAGAAAAAAAGCAAAAAGAGGGCGGUGCAAUUAUAUAUACAUUUAAUACAUGUGUGAUAAGUAUUAAAAACGAUCCAUUUUGUUUAAACGAUCACUUAUUAAGAGGUUAAAUAAAUUGAAUUAUUAAACUUCCAUUUUAGAUUUCUUUUUGGUCACUUGUCAAAUGAACUAGAAUUUUAUCAAGAUGUUGGAACUAAAUUUUUAAGAAAUACUAUAUUUUUACACUUGACAUACUAGCACCCUUCAAGCAUAUGCAUAUGCAAACAUGUAUAGCAUCUUCAAUUAUAUAUAGCAUAGCACAGUACUUGUGUCUUAUGAAAAUAUAUGUAUGGCAUACAUGUACAUACAAGUAAUUGCCAGUAUACAUGUACUGUAGGUACCCCUGUACAUCUUGGACAUGUACAUGCAGGUAUAUACUCUAAAUGUGAGGGUACUUGUAACUGCCAAAUGAUAUAUUAAAUGAAUCUUGGCUCAAAUUUAUUUUCAAAAGGAUACUGAAAUAAUUGUGAAGUCCAAAUCACUAAUUUGAGAAACAUGACGGCUUCAAAGGUAUAAUUUAGAUAAAUUUUGUACGUAGAUUGGAACCAACUAUAUGUACAAUCAUGUAAUAAAAUUUUACAAUAAAGGAUAUUUUGCAAUCAUAA